AUGGCAGUUAAGGAGACAUGUCCUCUAUGGGCAGACGAACAGAUCAGGGAGGCAUCACGUCUAUACACCAGGAAGCAGCAGCAGCAGCAGCAGCAGCAGCAGCAGCAGCAGCAGCAGCAGCAGCAGCAGCAGCAGCAGCAGCAACUGCAAGAAAGUAUUCUGUCCUCUAUAGUUGAAUUUAACUUUGGGCCUCGUGCUGCUGCAUUAACAGAGACACCCCGUAUAGCUGAUCUGCUGCUGCCGCCACAGCAGCAGCAGCAGCAGCAGCAGCAAGAUAGCAGCAGCAGCAGCAGCAGCAGCAAUAACAACAUUGGAUCAACGGGGAAAGGUGGUGCUGCUGCACCUUCAUGGGGAGGAGACUCCAGCAGCAGCAGCAGCAGCAGUGGUGUGCUGCUGUGGUCUGCUGAGGCCCGUCAUCUGCUGCAGGAGACAGCAGCAUUAGAGACAGCUGUGCUGCAGCAAAUGGAGACACUUUUUGUGCUGCUGGGGGGACUAGAGGAGCCCCUCUUUCCUUAUACGGACCCUACAGAUAUAUUUCAGGUAGAUGCUGCUGCUGCUGCUGCUGUUGCUGCUGCUCCUGGUGGUGUUUAUGGUGCUGCUGGUGACCCCACACUGGAGCAGCAGCAACAGCAACAGCAGCAGCAGCAGCAACAACAAGUUUUGCUGCAGCAUCAACUAUUAUCCGCAACUGCACAACAACCAGGACGUCAGCUGCUGCAGUUGCUGCAGCAGCAGAAGCAGCAGCAGCAAGAAGAAGCAACAAGUGCAGCAGGAGGACGAGUUAGUCUUUCUGUACAAUUUCUUGCUAGAGGAUUAAAAACAAUAGAAGAUCUUGUUAGACAAUGGCUGUCUUUGCCUUCUUCGGAUACUGCUGCAAUAUAUUCUGCGGUGCAGCAGCAGCUGCUGUUGCUGCUGACGACGCAGCAGCGACCCGCUGGAGCAGCAGCAGCAGGAGGAGCAGCAGGAGCAGCCCGCAGAUGCAGCAGCAGCGACGGCAGCAGCAGCAGCACAUGUACUGAUGGUAUAAAUAACUGGGAAGAAGAUGAGGAAGACGAAGAAGACGAAGAAGAAGACGAAGAAGACUUGCUGCUGCUGCAGCAGCAGCAGCAGCAGCACCAGCAGCAAACAAACCCGUACUACACCAACCAUAAUAAUCAUCAUCAUUACCAGCAGCAACAAUACCACCAUCAGCAGCAGCAACACCUGCAGCAUGAUCAUCAUCAUCAUCAUCAUCAUCAUCAGCAGCAGCAGCAGCAGCAGCAGCAGCAGCAGCAGCAGCAGGAGCAGCAGCAGGAGGAGGAGGAGGAGCGUGUAUAUUUACAGCGUUUAUCUCCAAUAUUAUGCCUAAGAUGUAUAAUGUUUGAUGAUAUAACAGGAGACUGUAUAGAUAAAGGAGACAAAAAGGAGACAGAUUAUAUAAGAAAAAAAAAUAUUCAUGAAUGUUUACGUAAGAUAGAGGCAUAUAAACUAUUCCUUACUACAGAUAAUAUUAAUAACAGCAGCAGCAGCAGCAGCAGCAGCAGCAGCAGCAGCAGCAGCAGCGGUGGUGGUGGCGGUGCUUCUGGUGGUGGUAGCAGCAACGCGGGAGGACACACCGUUGCUGCAGGAGAAGGUGCUGCAGGGACAAAGGAGGAGACAGCAACAGCAGCAGCAGGAGGGGAGUCUGCUGCUGCUUCUGCUGCUGCUGCUGCUGCAGCAGCAGGAACAACAGGUGACGGAACAGCAGCAGCAACAGGAGAGGAAGAAGUAACAUUAGAGACAGUAAAUAGUUGUAACUUAACCCAUCUAAGUUCCCCUGUCAGUGGCAGCAGCAGCAACAACAACAACAGCAGCAGCAGCAGCAGCAGCAGCAGCAACAUGAGACGUACAGCAUCAGCAGAGGAGAUCCGUGCAGCAAAAAUGGUGGUACAACCCCGUUUUAUAAUCCCCCCCUCUCCUUCUCCUUCCCCCUCCCCUUCCUCCCCCACCGCCCCCAGCAGCAAUAGUACCACCAACAGCAGCACCAACAGCACCACCAACAGCAGCAGCAGCAGCAGCAGCAGCAGUAUGGAUGCAGUAGGGGCUAUAGAGGGCCUAUGCGGAUUUACGUCUCAAUCCUUACACCAGAGGGAAUACAUAAUACCUAUCUAUAAGAAAAGGCCUGCUGCUGUUUGUCCUUCUUGUCUUAGACAAUUGCUGCUGCUGCAGCAAGCAAGAGUUGAUCUUUAUUGUUAUCAUCAUCUGUUAAUACAUAUUGCUAAACAAUAUAAUAUUAAAAAUAAUAGCAGCAACAGCAGCAGCAGCAGCAACAGCAGCAGCAGCAGCAGCAGCAGCAAUGCUGUUGCCUUUGAUAGUAAGACAUCCUUGUCUUUGUUAGCAAGAAAGAAAAUUCUUUUAUUAAAAUUAAGGGAUGUUCUUUCUCUUAUACCUAUGCAGCAGCAGCAGCAGCAACAUCAGCAGCAGCAGCAGCAACAGCAGCAGCAGCAACAGCAGCAGCAACAGCAGCAGCAGCAACAAUCGC